UUUCUGCGAGCAGUGUUGCGUUGUCAUCAAAACGUUGAGGUCGGCAUGAAGUCCAAGUUGUUUCUGUGGCGCUGGGCUCCGCUGGCGGCGGCGGCGGCGGCGCUGCUGCUGUGCGUGCGAGCGGCUCCGGAAUGCGGGCCUUGCCAGCCGGCCCUGUGCGCGCCUGCGCCGGCCGCGGGCUGCGCCGCCGGCUCGGUCGCGGACGCGUGCGGCUGCUGCGCGCUGUGCCUGGCGGCGGAGGGCGAGCCCUGCGCCGGCGGCAGAGGAAAGGGCGCCGCGUUGCGCUGCGGCGCCGGCCUGGAGUGCCUACGCGCCGACAAGAGCAAACUGGGCGUGUGCGCGUGCAAGAGCCGAGAGGAAGUGUGCGGCAGCGACGGCGUCACCUACGCGCACGCCUGCGCGCUCAAGAGCGCCGACGCGCGCGCGCAGAGAGACGGACGGCCGCAAGUCAGCGUGCGCAACAAAGGGCGAUGCGCAGCAGCUCCCGUGAUCGUUUCGCCUCCCGCGCGCGUCUUCAACGUCAGCGGCGGCCAAGUUUUCCUCAGCUGCGAGGCCGUGGGCGUGCCCACGCCCGUGCUCACUUGGAGGAAGGUGACCGGCAGCAGGAAGAAGUUGUCCCUGCUUCCCGGCGACAGGGACAACCUGGCCGUCCAGACCAGAGGAGGCCCCGAGAAACAUCAAGUGACGGGCUGGGUUCUGAUCUCUCCACUGACAAAAGAGGAGGCGGGCACUUACGAGUGUCGCGCCGCCAACGCCAAAGGCGAGGCCUCGGCCGUCGGCGAAAUCCGGCUGGUGGCCGACAUCGGCGACGUCAAGGUCGAGGUCAUCGGGGAAGUCGAGGUCGAGAAAGCGGCCGAGGAGGGGGGGGAACUGUGACCGCGCGGAGACCCGUCUGGGACCUCGUCGCCUUUUACUUCUGGCCCAUAGCAAAAGUGCAGCCGCCCUCGCGGAAAUGUGAAUAAAGCUCACCUGCAGCGCGUC